CAUUAAUACACAUAGACAGAGUGUGAUUUGUUUCUUCUUCCUCUGCUUUUUACUUCCUUCACACACACAGCCAAAAAAACAAAAAAUCAGAGGAAUAAUUAACUAGACACUGUCGACGAUUACGUGAACGCAUUUCAAGAUUGUCAACUUUUGUAGUUCUAUAUAAAAUUUUAUUAUCAUUUUUAACGUUGGUUUUAUUCUUGAUCAAGAAUUCUGAGUUUGCUCUUGUGAAAGAUUAAGAUUCCUCUUUUUUUUUUUGAUUUCAUUUGUGUCCUUUCUUUCCCAUAAUAUAUUUGAUCUAUAUUCUCUGCUCAAGAUAAUCACAUCACAUCGACUUCAGAACCAAAGAAGGCUUAAAGCUCGCAUGCCACAAGGAGAAAAUGAACGAGUCAAGUUCGUGGAGCAUCUACAGUACCAAAGAUGGAGAGAGUGAAGGGCCAUGGAGAUCAUCCACGUCGAUGAAUGCGAUCUCCUUCGGGUUCGUAGCUACGGCGAUACUUAUCUCCAUGUUCUUGUUAAUGGCCAUCUUCGAGCAUCUCUUUAGACCUGAGAAUUCUACAUUUGAGUCACCACAUAGGAUCAGACAACGACAGAACCAAAGCAGAGAUGGGUCCACUCAUUUCCAGAAACUUGCUAAUCAAGCAUCCAUGGUUCCGAUGAGUAUGGCAGUGGAUCUAUCAGUAGUGAUGCCGGGAGAGAAGCUGCCGUCGCACAUAGCUUUGCCGGCUCCUCUACCUUGUGGAAGAGAAGGCAUUCGUUGGCCUCUCCACCUCUAAAAUAUUACUCUACCAGCACCAGCAACUCUUUGUGUUUCUAUCUAACUCAUUCGGUAGAUUAAUUAGUGUUGGACUUGUUGGGUUAUAUAUUACACUAUGCAGUAAAGGCCACCAGUUUAAUUUUCUUUAUGCAUAGAUUCGAUAUAUAACUCAUUGUACAUUUGAGUUUAGUAAUAAUCAUGUGGAUGUGCUUUCUU